AACCAAAUAGAAAGCCAACCAUUUGCGGCUGUUUUUCAUUAGAAACUUGUUACUAUUAGGAAACGCAUAUAGGAGAUUGAGAUUGAAGACAUUGCAUUUGAUGGCAGACAUAGUGGGGGAAAGAAGAAACUUAGAAUGUAUAGCAAGAAAUUAAACUUGGUGCCAUUUGGACCGCAUAACUUGUGGUUGUUGUGCUUUCUGGUGGGUUCGAGGAUUUUCAUUUCCAACGUUCAAUGGGUUUCAACAUUCUACUUUCUGAAAGGAUUAUAAGUUGGGGGCUCCUGCUUUUUGGGUCCUCUGGGUUAGCCCAGAUUAUGACAUAGAUUGCCCUGCUUGGACUUAAACUGGAUGAUUCUUUGCACUUAACAGACUAAUCUUAAGGGCAGAAUUUGGAGCACUAUAUGUGAAAUUAUGCUGAAUCGAUGCAGUGGAUUAAUUAAAGACACGGCAAGAAAUAGAAAGUCAUUAGCUAAAAGAGACAAGAAACCGUCUAGCCCGUGAUUAAUAAAGAAAUUCAUUGUCAGCCAACUAACUGUUGCAGAACUAAAAAAAGUCAGAAAUGUUGGUUCACGGACAAAGGGGGAAAACAAAUGGGGGUAAGUGCCGUGAUCAGAUUUGACACGUCAAGAAAUAGAUAUUUCCUUUGGAAACUAUUCUGCUUGGCAAUAUUAGUGGAGAUGAAUUCUUUUUCUUUUAAGCAAAAUGCAUCCACACAAAUUUGAACAUUAGGUCAGUCAUUAUUGGCAUUAUUCAUUAAACCUCGUCCUUGGUCCUCACAGACUUGAUAACUUCCACUAGAGAAAGAAAGAGAAAGAGGAAGACAGUUCCAACCAGUUUCAAUGGAAAAGCUGCUCUUAUUCUUGCCAUUGUUUCUUCUCCAGUUCUAUCCGGUUCUAAUUCUCUCAAAACCUUAUAGUUUUCCAGAUAAAUACUUCAUCAACUGUGGGUCAGAUUCUAUUGUGGUACUAGGCAGCAGGCAGUUUGUCGGUGACAAGAAUCCUAAUUCCUUCUCUGUUGGAAAUAGCAAACCUGUCAAAAACAUCAGCCAGUCAUCAGACUCAGUUCUCUACCAAACAGCAAGGUUUUCUAGAGGCCAAUUUUCAUAUGAUCUCCACAUCAUUGACAAAGGCCUAUAUGUGGUACGCCUUCAUUUUUUUCCUUUCAUGUCCAACGAGGCUAAUCUAGUCGAUGCUUUAUUCAAUGUUUCAGCUUCCAAAAAGUCUCUGGUAUCCAAGCUCAUUUUCAGAAAUAGUAGUUCUUUCCCUGUGAUUAAGGAUUACUUGGUGCCUAUCAAUUCAGCCAACUUUAGAAUUCACUUCAUCCCUGCAUAUCAAACAUCUUUUGCUUUUGUGAACGCUAUAGAAGUUUUUCUUGUUCCAAAUCUUAAAGAUAACCGAACUCAUGUGACUUGGGCAGGAAGUAAGGGUCCUUACCUAGGUUUGCCCUCUCAGGUGCUUAGAACAGUUCGGAGAGUUAUUGUUGGGGGCGAAUCCUUUAAUGACACAAAAGUAGUUGCAUCAGAAUGGGUAUCUGAUGAUGACUAUAUAUUUAUUGGAAAUUCGGCAAAAACCUGUCUGCCGAACUUUGGGCUAAACUAUGAAGAUGAAGAUGAAACUACAGAUGAUAAAAACUACAACUUAGCCUCUCAAAACUUUGUCCCAGAUCGGGUCUAUGGUACUUGCAGAGAAGUAACCUUAGAUAAUGGACAAGCAUCAAAUUUUACUAACAUUACUUGGCAUUUCACUGUCAAUAAAAAUGCCAGGCAUCUUGUUCGGGUCCAUUUCUGUGACAUUAUUAGUGAAUCACCAAACAUAGUCAAUUUCAGUCUCUUUAUAUUCAGUAAAUUCAGUGAACAAAUCAAUCCUUAUGAGAACGGUUAUAUUUCUAACACGGCAGUUCCAAUCUAUUAUGAUUUUGUGGUUGACUCGGGUGAUUCUGACUUUAUUAGUAUAAGUGUUGUCCCUUGGGAGGAAUCAACCCUGAGAAACUUUGCUUACCUGAAUGGACUGGAGAUCAUGGAGUUCAUCACAGAACCAGGUUUGGAACUCGGGAAAAGUGAGCCAAAAAGGAAGCAUGUACUGUUUAUCAUAAUUGGUUCAGUCGUUGGGUUUCUUGUUAUCUGCAGUUUGAUUGUGGUAUUCUUGUUGUGUAAGAAACGCAGAAAAACAAAUCCUUUUGAACACAUGACUUCAUAUGGAACCCUUCCUUUUGGAGGAGCGAGCCCUCACGUUGGAAUAAGUUCAAAAUCUGUCAAUCCCCCUCCUGUUCCAAACUUAAACCUUAAAUUAAAGAUGCCUUUUACUGAAAUAAUGGAGGCAACCAAUAACUUCGAGGCUAAAUUGCUGAUCGGGGAAGGAGGCUUUGGUAAAGUUUAUAAAGGAACUCUACGAAAUGGUCUCAAAGUGGCAGUCAAACGAAGCGAGUCGAAGCAUGGUCAGGGCCUUCCAGAAUUCCAAACUGAGGUCAUGGUUCUAUCCAAGAUUCGACAUCGCCAUCUUGUUUCCCUGAUUGGUUAUUGUGAUGAAGGGUCUGAGAUGAUACUGGUAUAUGAGUUCAUGGAAAAGGGCACUCUCAGAGAUCAUCUUUACGACUUGGGUGGGAAUCCAGAGAGAUCAUCUCCAUUAUCUUUAUUGACUUGGAGGCAAAGACUUGAAAUUUGUAUCGGUGCAGCAAAGGGUCUUCAUUACCUCCACACUGGUUCAGAUGGAGGAAUCAUUCACCGUGAUGUUAAAUCCACUAACAUCUUGCUUGAUGAACAAUAUGUGGCAAAAGUUGCAGAUUUUGGCCUUUCCAAAUCAGGUCUUCUUGAUCCAGAUGGGUUCAGCACGGGCGUAAAAGGGAGUUUCGGUUAUCUUGAUCCCGAGUAUUUUAGAUGCCUUCAGUUUACGGAGAAAUCAGAUGUUUAUUCUUUUGGUGUGGUACUCCUUGAAGUGCUUUGUGCUAGACCGGCUAUCAUUAACUCACAUAGGAAGGAGGAGAUAAAUUUAGCUGAGUGGGGACUGCUUUGGUUAAAGAAAGGUGAACUUGAAAAGAUUAUCGAUCCUUCGGUGGCUGGCCAGAUUAAUCCUAAUUCAUUGAGGAAAUUCAGUGAAAUAGUUGAGAAAUGUCUGAAGCCAACUGGAGCCAAUAGGCCUAGAAUGCUUGAUAUCUGCUGGGACUUGGAAUACACAUUGCAGCUACAGCAAACUGCAGUGCGCAGAGAGCCACACGAGGAUAGCGCCAUAGAUGCUUCUCUGGACUUGUCAUCACGUCCUUUUCAGCGUUUGCCUUCGAAUAACUUCCUGAUUGAGAAUGAUGCUGUGCCUAUGGAAAAGGAUGAUGGUUCUGACACAACAGCUAGUGGAGUUUUUUCCCAGCUGAGGAUUGAUGGUGGCAGAUAGUCUCAGCCGGCUGGUAAUUUGUCUUUUUAGUUAAUACUACUCUUUCACUAUAUUGAUGUUGAAUGCAUCUUUUGUUCUAAAAGAGCAGUGUAAAAUAAGAAGCUCUGACCUCUUUAUACUUAAAGUAGUUUCAAGUAAUCUCAGAACAGACAAUGAAUGCAUUGAGUUUUGAAUCUCAAGGAAAUUUGUUGAACAAUCAAUGAAGAUUCCUUAGAUUGAAACUUCAUUCACCUAUCAGAAAUGGUAGAAAUGUUUUCUUUGAGUUAAAACACAUUUAUAUUAGUGCAGCCUCAAAUGAAACAAGUCCCAAAGUUGCUAAAUAGCUGGAGGCACAUGAUUUAAGCACUGGAUUUUACUAAUAGUUUUUUUUAAUUCCAUAGUUACAGGAACUUGUUGAAUCUCAUUACUUUUGCAUCCCGUGUGCUCUCCCAAAAAUUUUUGCAAAUCACGGGAUCUUCAAAAUAAAUCAUCAUAUGACUUUAACAUUUCUCAUUAGAAACAUUAGUGAGAUUUAACCUGCCAAGAAACUAUAAGCUGGCAACUAAAGAUCACCUUCAAGCCAUGUCCAAUUAACAUAUCUCUGAUACAGGAUAUAUGGAACUCGCUUUCUAAUGUGAUUGCUUGAAUAGCAUGAUUUUUAUUUUUUCAGUAGCAUCAUGAUAUUGCAGACGGGUGAUUAAUUGUUAACUGAACUAAAGAAUUUUUGCUUCAGAUUAGCAGAAGGGUUAAAAUGUCAUGAGACUUGCGGAUAAAUUUUAGCUCUCUUCACUAUUGAAGAUUUCCACAAAAAGAAAAUGUCAUUUGAAGAUGAAUUUUCAUUAUUUUUUUAAAAUAUCAUCAAUUUCAACUGCUCUAAGUGAUAUGUAAAAGACCAAUGUUAUUUGUUACUGAUAAAAUCUGUACUCAAAUUGGACAUAUCUUCCACAAAAUUAUUGAAAUUAAAUUAUUUCAUUCUUUUCCAAUGCUGUGUCAUGAUUAAUUUUUGAAGUUCCAUAAAAAAAAAAAAAAUCACAGCUGUGGUUGUUAGACCUCAUUGCUUGUGACUUCUUCUCUAAUCAAAUCUUUCAAAAAGGCCAGUUUUUUCUCACCACUUUCUGGGAAGGAUCAGAAUAUUGAGUAUGAACGCAAUCACUUUGGUUCUUUUCCA